CACGCGCCCCGCGUAGGGCGGCCGGGUGUUUUUAGGCGCGUCGGGCGGCGGCGACCCUGAAGAGCCAUCUGCGCCCAAGCUGGUGCGUUCUCUCGGGUUGCACCCCUGCCCUGCAGUCUUCUGUUCCCAGCCGGGCGGAUGCGGGUUGUCGGGGUGAGGGGAACUACGUAGCUGCCGGCCGCGCUACAGCCGUUCUGCCCGACCCUACCCGGGGCCAUCCCGCCUGACCAUGGCUGACCGCGGGUGCCCGCUGGAGGCGGUUCCGCUGCCCGCCGAGGUGCGGGAGAGCCUGGCGGAACUGGAGCUGGAGCUGUCCGAAGGUGACAUCACUCAAAAAGGAUAUGAAAAGAAAAGGGCAAAGCUACUUGCACGUUACAUACCACUUUUUCAAGGAAGAGAUUCAUCUCUGCAAGCGGAGAAUGGAACCCCUGUGCCCUCACAGACCAUGGCUACUGCUCCCAAACAGCAGAAGUCUCGACCCACCAACUCUCGUGAUGAGCGCUUCCGGUCAGAUAUUCACACUGAAGCAGUGCAAGCAGCUCUGGCCAAGUAUAAAGAGAGGAGGAUGCCGAUGCCUUCCAAGAGACGCUCUGUUCUUGCGCAUUCAUCUGUGGAUGCCUACACUCCUCCAGACACAUCAUCUGCCUCAGAAGAUGAGGGCUCUUUACGGCGACCGGGGCGACUCACCUCCACUCCGUUCCAGAGCCAUUCCAGCGUUGAGCCCUGGCUUGACUGGGUCAUUCAGGGCUCGUCCACCUCAUCCUCUGCAUCCUCCACCUCAUCUCAUCUGGGAGGGAGACCCACCGCUGGUCCCAGUGCUGCCGCCACACCGGGGGCCACCGUUGCCACUGCUGUCACAGGCCUCCCGGCUCACACCCACAUAGAUCUGCACUCUGCCCCUCCUGACGUCACUACGGGCCUGGUGGAGCAUUCGUACCGUGAACGUCCACAGGUGGCUGCUGUGAGAGGUGUUCCUCAGGGAUGUGAUGGGAGCAUCCUGCAGACGGCAGAUGGUGUCCCUGUGAACAGCAGAGUGUCCUCCAAGAUCCAGCAGCUUCUGAACACCCUGAAGAGGCCAAAGCGCCCCCCUCUGAAGGAGUUCUUUGUGGAUGAUUUUGAGGAGCUGUUGGAAGUUCAGCAGCCAGAUCCGAAUCAGCCAAAGCCUGAAGGAAAUCAGAUGGUUAUGCUGAAAGGGGAGCCUCUGGCUGUGGGAACUCCCUGGGCUCCGUCACUGCUGGCUGCCUUGCAGCGGUGGGGCACAACACAACCGAAAGCCCCUUGUCUGACUGCCUUGGAUGCAACUGGAAAGGCCACCUGCACUCUGACCUAUGGCAAACUUUGGAGUCGGAGUUUAAAGCUAGCUUAUACUCUACUUAAUAAACUGACUAGUAAGAAUGAACCACUACUUAAACCUGGAGACAGAGUGGCGCUCGUGUUCCCGAACAGCGACCCUGUGAUGUUCAUGGUUGCCUUUUAUGGGUGUCUCCUGGCAGAGCUGGUUCCCGUCCCUAUAGAAGUGCCAUUAACAAGAAAGGAUGCAGGGAGCCAGCAGGUUGGGUUUCUGCUGGGCAGCUGUGGAGUCACCUUGGCCCUGACCACAGAUGCUUGUCAGAAAGGCCUGCCCAAGGCACAGACAGGAGAUGUAGCGACUUUCAAAGGUUGGCCCCCCCUGUCCUGGCUGGUGAUUGACGGGAAGCAUCUAGCCAAACCCCCCAAGGACUGGCACCCUCUGGCCCAAGACACAGGGGCUGGAACCGCCUACAUUGAGUAUAAAACCAGCAAAGAAGGCAGCACAGUGGGUGUCACCGUGUCCCACGCAUCCCUGCUGGCACAGUGCCGGGCUCUGACCCAGGCGUGCGGGUACUCAGAAGCUGAAACAUUAACAAAUGUGCUGGAUUUCAAAAGAGAUGCUGGUCUCUGGCAUGGAGUGUUAACAAGUGUCCUGAACAGGAUGCAUGUGGUCAACAUCCCCUAUGCACUGAUGAAGGUCAACCCCCUCUCCUGGAUUCAGAAAGUGUGUUCCUAUAAAGCCCAGGCUGCGCUGGUGAAGUCCCGAGACAUGCACUGGUCUCUCCUGGCACAGAGGGGUCAGAGGGAUGUCAGCCUCAGCUCACUGCGAAUGCUAAUUGUGGCCGAUGGCGCUAACCCCUCAGGGUCGAUAUCCUCCUGUGAUGCUUUCCUCAACGUCUUCCAGUCCAGAGGUCUGAGGCCAGAGGUCAUCUGUCCUUGUGCCAGCUCUCCUGAGGCACUGACAGUUGCCAUCCGCAGGCCACCUGAUCUGGGAGGACCCCCUCCAAGGAAAGCUGUCCUGUCAAUGAAUGGUCUAAGCUACGGUGUGAUCAGAGUCGAUACUGAGGAGAAGUUGUCAGUCCUCACUGUUCAGGACGUCGGUCAGGUGAUGCCUGGAGCUAAUGUAUGUGUUGUGAAGGUGGAAGGCACCCCUUAUCUUUGUAAAACUGAUGAAGUUGGAGAAAUAUGUGUCAAUUCCAGUACAACUGGCACAGCGUACUAUGGACUGCUUGGAAUCACAAAGAAUGUAUUUGAGACUGUCCCGGUCACUGCAGGAGGAGUGCCCGUCUCUGACAGGCCUUUCACCAGGACGGGGCUGCUGGGCUUCAUUGGGCCUGAUAACCUGGUCUUCGUCGUGGGCAAGCUGGAUGGGCUGAUGAUUGUUGGAGUUCGCAGACAUAACGCAGAUGACGUCGUGGCCACUGCGCUGGCUGUAGAACCCAUGAAGUUUGUCUACAGAGGCAGGAUCGCUGUGUUCUCCGUGACCGUGCUGCGUGAUGACCGUGUUGUCCUGGUAGCCGAGCAGCGGCCCGAUGCCUCUGAGGAGGACAGCUUCCAAUGGAUGAGCCGUGUGCUACAGGCCGUGGACAGCAUCCACCAGGUGGGCGUGUACUGUCUGGCCCUGGUUCCUGCCAACACCUUGCCCAAGGCUCCUCUCGGAGGGAUUCACAUUUCUGAGACCAAACAGCGCUUUUUGGAAGGGACGCUGCACCCGUGUAAUGUGCUGAUGUGCCCCCACACUUGUGUUACCAACCUUCCCAAACCUCGUCAGAAACAACCAGAGGUGGGACCAGCCUCAAUGAUCGUUGGGAACCUGGUUGCUGGCAAGAGGAUUGCGCAGGCCUCGGGGAGGGAGCUUGCCCACCUAGAGGACAGCGAGCAGGCUCGGAAGUCCCCGUUCCUGGCUGACGUGCUGCAGUGGCGGGCCCACACCACUCCUGACCACCCAUUGUUUCUGCUGCUCAACGCCAAGGGUACGGUCACCAGCACUGCGACCUGUGCCCAGCUGCACAAAAGGGCUGAACGAGUGGCUGCAGCACUGAUGGAGAAGGGAAGACUGAACAUUGGGGACCACGUGGCUCUGGUCUAUCCCCCAGGCGUGGACCUCAUCGCUGCCUUCUAUGGCUGCCUGUACUGUGGCUGUGUGCCGGUCACGGUACGGCCCCCGCACCCGCAGAACCUCAGCACCACGCUCCCCACCGUCAAGAUGAUCGUGGAGGUCAGCAAGUCUGCGUGCAUGCUUACCACUCAGGCCGUCACACGGCUCCUCCGGUCUAAGGAAGCUGCUGCUGCGGUAGACAUCAGGACAUGGCCAACCAUUCUGGACACAGAUGAUAUACCGAAAAAGAAGGUAGCUAGCAUUUUCAGACCCCCCUCCCCAGAUGUGCUGGCGUACUUGGACUUCAGUGUGUCGACCACGGGGAUCUUGGCAGGUGUGAAGAUGUCACACGCAGCCACCAGUGCCCUAUGCCGCUCCAUAAAGCUGCAGUGUGAGCUGUACCCCUCAAGGCAGAUCGCCAUCUGCCUGGACCCCUACUGCGGACUCGGCUUUGCUCUGUGGUGUCUGUGCAGCGUCUACUCAGGACACCAGUCGGUAUUGGUGCCACCAUUGGAGCUCGAGAGCAACGUGUCUCUGUGGCUAUCGGCUGUCAGCCAGUACAGGGCCAGAGUCACCUUCUGUUCCUACUCUGUGAUGGAGAUGUGCACUCGGGGGCUGGGCACACAGACAGGCGUCCUGAGGAUGAAGGGGGUGAACCUGUCGUGUGUGCGUACGUGCAUGGUGGUGGCCGAGGAACGGCCCAGGAUCGCGCUUACUCAGUCCUUCUCCAAGCUGUUCAAGGACCUGGGCCUGCCUGCGCGUGCUGUGAGCACCACAUUCGGGUGCCGGGUCAACGUGGCCAUCUGCCUGCAGCCCAACAGGCUGGGAAAGCUGGCUGAGCAGGGUACAGCAGGCCCAGACCCCACAACUGUCUACGUGGACAUGCGAGCACUACGCCAUGACAGGGUACGUUUGGUGGAACGGGGCUCUCCGCACAGUCUGCCGCUGAUGGAGUCUGGAAAGAUCCUCCCAGGAGUGAAGGUCAUCAUCGCACACACGGAGACCAAAGGGCCCCUGGGAGACUCACACCUGGGUGAGAUCUGGGUGAGCAGCCCACACAAUGCCACGGGAUACUACACAGUCUACGGGGAGGAGGCCCUUCAUGCUGACCAUUUCAGUGCCCGGCUGAGUUUUGGAGACACCCAAACCAUUUGGGCAAGGACUGGCUACCUUGGCUUCCUCCGAAGAACAGAGCUCACCGAUGCCAGCGGAGGACGGCACGAUGCACUGUAUGUUGUCGGGUCUCUGGAUGAAACCCUGGAGCUAAGAGGUCUGCGGUACCACCCUAUUGACAUCGAGACAUCGGUGAUCCGAGCUCACAGGAGCAUUGCUGAAUGUGCUGUGUUCACCUGGACCAACCUGCUUGUGGUGGUGGUGGAGCUGGACGGGCUGGAGCAGGAUGCCCUGGACCUCGUGGCCCUGGUAACCAACGUGGUGCUGGAGGAGCACUACCUGGUGGUGGGUGUGGUGGUCAUUGUGGACCCGGGUGUCAUCCCCAUCAACUCGCGAGGCGAGAAGCAGCGCAUGCACCUUCGGGACGGGUUUCUGGCUGAUCAGCUGGACCCGAUCUACGUGGCCUACAACAUGUGAGCAAGGCACACGGCCCACGUGUGGGAAAGGGUGUGACUCUGCAAGUCACAGGUGUGAGCGUGCUGAUGCCACAGAGCCCUUACUGGGAGAAUAAGUCUCCACAACGACUCACCUCUUCUGGGCUUCAUAGAUCCCCUCAACAGUUCCCCAAAUCUCAUUCCAGACAGCACUUCCUGAAUGAUAUAAAGAAAUAUUUUCCAUCUGUCAAGUGCUUUGACAAAAACAUGGAUGCCAGCACCUUAACAGAUGUAGUGACAGGGAAAGGAAAGGCCGGGUGUGUGCAUCUGGAGGCAGCUCAGACACCCUGGUGGUUCUUGGCUGUACUACAAGUUUGCACUUCCCUUAAACCAGUGGUUCUCAACCUUCCUAAUGCCUGACCCUUUAAUACUGUUCCUCGUGUUGUGGUGACCCCCAACCAUAAAAUUAUUUUCGUUGCUACUUCAUAACUGUAAUUUUGCUACUGUUAUGAUAAAUCAAUGUAAAUAUCUGAUAUGUAGGACGUAUUUAGGCGACCCCAGUGAAAGGGUCAUUCAACCCCCCCAAAGAGGUUGUGACCCACAGGUUGAGAACCGCUGCCUUAAGCUAAAAAAAUUUUUGGUUUAACAAAUUCAGUUAGUUAUUUCCAUUUCAAAUAACAAGUUCAUUGAUAGAAUUUGGCUGAAGAACUUUGAGGCUGUGAGCACAGCAGCCUCUCUUCCAUCUCCAGGUGGCGGAGCCCAGGAAAACUGGUAGAGGGAGCAAGUACAGGCUGCCCUCCCCGCUUAAGACUGGUGCUGCUUCUUUGCCAGUGUCUUCACAGAGACACAUGUGUGCAGUCUGAACGCAUCACCACUAACACUCGUUUGGUGCCAUUUUGGACUGUCAAGCAACUGCUCUGUUACUCAAAGAGAAGCCAGCAUUUAGUUUUAAGUCACUGUCCUGGCUUGUAACUUCAUACUAUUCGUUAAAUUGCUGGUUUUUAUAACACUACAAUGUUAAUCCUUCUCGUGGAAGUGUACUGAUUUCCACAUCAGCAGAUGCAAAAGCAUUGGUAGCAAAGUCUGAGGUUUUCACAUUUUUGGUGUUGUUUGGUGAGCACCUGGCAGACCACUGAGGGGCAGUGGGGCAGCCUUGCCUCUCGGAGCUGGAGUCAGGCACAGUUAUCUCUGGCUUCCCAUUUUAACUUGUGUGCAUGUGAAAUUUGCCCAAUCAUUUUUCAGUUAUUUUAUUUAAACUUGACUAAGCCAAGUGAUCUAAAAUUAUACCAAACCUAAAUCAAAGAAGACAACAUAAAAUCCUUUAAAUAUUUCUAAGAAUUUGAAGGCAUGAAUCUAAGACAUUAUUUUUAUAUAAUUAAUUAAGAAUAUGUUAUGAAAUUGUUGAUUUUAGGGGGAUUGAGUGUGGUUAAAUUUUAUGAAUUAUGCAUGCUUCACAGAAACAACCAGAUUUUUCCAGAAUUAGCCUGGAUCAGUGCCUAACAAAGCUGUUAUUCUCCACAAGUGAGUCUGGCUGCAAAUACACAGCAGCCCUGUCUGCUGGUGGUGGUGGACUGUGGUAUAGUAUGUUGCAACACCUUGGAAUUUUAAUAUUCCUGUUGUAAUUAUGUACAGAAUCUAUGUAACUUAUUGUCACACAGAGGUUUUAGCAGCCAACUGACUAAUGGACUUUCUUUGCAAUAGAAUGGCUGAGAAGGGAAAAGAACUACCUAACUGUCCCUUAAUGUUGUCAUUUUGUAACAAACAAAAGCAUAAACUUUUUGUAUUAGAAGGUCAGUGGCAGGAAGAUAAGGUGUCUUGUAAAUUGAGAUUUUAAGAAACACAUUAAAAUGCUUUAGAAUUACUCUCUGGGAGUUCUGUAUAUUACACUAAAAUUUUUUAUAUCAUUAUGUUAAUAAAAGUUAUUAACUGUU